AGUAGUUUAUUCAAGAAUGCUAUUUUAUCUUUAGCUGUGGAUAUUAAUUUUCUAUUUUUAUCUAGCAAGUCUAUUCUAAUGUUUCGUUUCAAUUCUUCUAUGGAUGCAUUUUUAUGUUGCUGUGCUCCUUGCAAACCACGAUAUCGUCGUCUUGUUGACGCCAUCUACCCAAGGUCUUUAACGGACGGUUUAAUCAGUUCUAAUAUGCAAAAACUUACAUUUUAUGCAAUAUCACGGCCCGAGAAAUUAGAUCGAAUUGGUGAAUACAUCGUAUCACGAUUAUCCAGAGAUUUGUAUCAUCAGCGAUAUAAUCAGGUUAAGAUAUCAGUAGAAGCUAUGGAUCAGUUGCUACAAAGUUGUCAUGGCUUGUCGAGUUUGAACAAAUUCAUUGAACAUUUCUUGAAAAUGUUGCAGAAGUUGCUAGAAACAAAUGAUUUUCAAAUGGAGAAACUAGCCACUGAUUCAUUUGUUAACUUCGCUAACAUCGAAGAGAAUACUUCGGCUUAUCAUCGGGAAUAUGACUUUUUCAUUUCCAAAUUUGCAUCAAUGUGUCAUGCAAAUAACAAAAAUUAUCAAGAUGUACGUUAUGCAGGUUUGCGUGGUUUAAGAGGUGUGGUGUGGAAAUCAACCAUUGAUCCGCUUCAAACAAGUAUAUGGGAAAAACAGCAUAUGGACAAGAUUAUUCCAUCAAUUCUAUUCAAUUUACAAGGAGAUGGUAAUGAAGAAAUAAAGAAAAAACGAGAAAAACGCUUUUCCCUAAUUGAUCAGCCGUAUAUUAUGGAUGGAGUAGUAGAAACUCCGAAAAAUCUUGCUGAUCAGUUUUUACGAGAAUUGAUGGCGAAAACACCUUAUGGUUUAGUUUCUGUAUUAGAUCCUGUUCUGAAGCAUUGUGACCUACACAAGAAGUGGGAUCCACCUCCAGUCUUUGCAGUUUACACAUUUCGUGCGAUUAUGUAUAGUGUUAAGGAUCCAAGUUUUGUUAUACAAGCUCUGAUAACUCAUCUGGAAAACAUGUCCAAUUCUAAUGCAUCCGUUCGUAUUGGUAUAGCAACUGUUUUAUCAAGCAUUGUUUCUAUCGCUGGAACUAGCAUUGGUCCCUCCUUGAUAGGUAUAUUCAAUUCUUUGUUGAAGCAUUUGCGCCGAUCAGUUGAAUUUCAACAAAGCAAAGAAUGUCCUUCAGUGGAUCAGGAAAAAAUAUAUCAGGAAUCCUUGAUUAAUGCCAUGGGUGAUUACGCUUACGCAUUACCCGAUUAUCAGAAGGUAGAAAUCAUGCUUUUUAUAUCGGCCAACAUACCUCAUCACAGAAAGGGAAGUCAAGAUCUAAAACCAAGUGAUACAUUUUUGCAACACGUGCUGGUGAAAACACUUCUUAAGUAUCGAACAGGUUUUAUGUCCACAGUAUUCGGUAAUAGUUUCCCGAGUACGUUACUCCGAUUAGCAGUAGCUGCCGAUCCCGUUGUUCGCUUAGAUACACAAUAUAUCUUUCACACUUUACUGGAUCGACAUGAUAAUUUGCCAGUACUGCAGAAUUUACCUUAUAUCAGCGAUGUUACUGAUUUACAACUUACUUUCGAGAAAUGUAGUCGGUCGGAUGAAAUGAUUAUGCGAAACUACGGACCUUAUUUACUUACUACUUUAUAUGAAUGUGUAUGGAUGGUAUCCGAGGAUGCAACCCAGGAUGAUCAUAUGAAUGCUGUUCUUUGUACAAUGGCUUUAUUGUGCAUUGAAGUUGGAUUUGAUGAAGCUAGUUUAUUCUUUAUUAUGUUGAUACAGCUAUUCCGGUUAGCUUUUGCUUUGCAAUCCAUGGCUUUGGAAUCAUCGUUUGGUUUUAAUGGUGCAAAACGUAUUGCAAUUCAUAAUUUGGUAGCAAAAUAUUUGAACUUUAGUAGCCAGCUUUUGGCUAUACCAUCGCUUUGUCAACAUGUACAACAAAUUGUCAAACAACGAGCUUUACGAGGUCAUCCGUCGUUGAACCUUCUGUUAGACGUUCAGUGUAUUAAAGGAAAUUCUAACAUGGCGCCACUUGCAUCUGUCGAUGAUGACGAACAAGCAGCAUUGUGUCUAGAAGAAGAUGCAACAGUUCUCUUUGAUAUUGAUGACGUUAGCGAAAUGCUUAAGGCCACGGGCAAGGAUGUGAAAAAUCUUGCUGUACCAUUUGUAUCGAAAGGUACCGCAUUAGCGUCAACAAUAUCAGGAGAUAUGGUCGUCAGCAAAAACUGGCAGUUCCGUGGUACUGAUAGAGCAAAUAAUUAUGAAGCAACGGAUACUAGUGCAUUAGAUGAGAAUACAAUUUCGCUUGAUAUGAGCAUUGACUGGAGCCCGUCCGAGUCUUUGCAAACUUCCCGAAAAAACACACUUUUUUGUCCAGCACACGAAAAAUCCGAAGCUGCUCCAACUUCUGUCAAUGAAUUGCGUCAAAACGUGAAUAUGUCAGUUGAUCCGACCGAAAAAGAAAAGCGAGAACAGCAAAAAACGCGAGCAAUUCUGGAUAAAUUUCGUUCUCAGGAUUUUAAUAAGCUUGUUGAAGAAAUGUAUCUUAGACGAGAAGAAACAAAUCUGUCUCGAACAAUCAAACGAUUGCUUCAACGAAAUGACGAUGUCAGUGAAUACGGGUUCCUUUAUAAAUCAAAAAACAUUUUUGAGCUUAAAUUGCCCAAUUCCUUUGUUUACUAG